CCCAGAAAAUGAAACUGAAGCAGGGCUGUGGUCACAUGACAGGUGGCUCGCUAUAUAGCCAGCUGCCUCGGGACUCUUACUCUUGCUUCCAGAUCUACAGGGGUGUGCCGGCCUUGUGAAGCCCCCUCCCUGGAGGUAUGGAGUGCCCUUCGUGCCAGCAUGUUUCCAAAGAGGAAGCCCCCAAGUUCUGCAGCCAGUGUGGACAGAGGCUGCCUUCUGUAGCCCCUGCACCAGAUGCUGAGAACAACCACCCCAAGGUGACGUCGGCCCCGGAGGGAGAAAUGGAGUGUGGACGAGAGCUGAGGGAGGAAGGUGGCCCCAAGGUGACGUCGGCCCCAGAGGGAGAAAUGGAGUGUGGACGAGAGCUGAGGGAGGAAGGCGGCCCUUUCUUGUCCUCAGGCUCAAGUGAUCGGCAAGAAAAUCCAGAUGAGCCCUGUUCUGACGCCUCCUGGACCAUCCAAAGAGAAGUUGCAUCAGAGGUUUUCGUAGAUUCGGCAGACUGCACGUCUGAUGAGCUGGAGGCUGCUAAUUACCCUCCCAACAAAAGAAGAAAAGAGGAUGCAACCCUGUUUGAGGUCACUGAUGUGUUCUCUCCAGACUCUGAGCAGAGCAAAAGAAAGAAACAGAAGAGGAAGAAGAAGCAGAACAUUGCGGCUCCCACGGAGCCGGGCUCCUUCUCGGGCCCCUACGGUCUGCAUUCGCUUGGGAACCCUGCGUUCCAGGACGCGGCCCUGCCCCAGUGUGGAGCUCAGCAGAACAGUCCGACCAGCCAGCCAAGCCAGCCCCCCAGCACGAGCGUGACGCCACUGGAGGGCGGUGGCCACAAAGGGCCCCUUGUGCCCACUGAGGCUGGUGGCCGCCCUCUGCAGGGCCAGGCUGUGGGAGGAGCAGAAGCAGCCGUGGGAGGAGAGUCUCUGAGCAGCCCGGCGCCCCAGGACCAGACUCUGGGAGGUGCCCUCCUGGAAGGGAAGGACCACCACACCCCCGACCCCUCCAAGGACAGAGGCCUCCCCCAGGAGGGGGCCGUCCCAACCACCUCUGCUGGUGAAGGACGUCCUGGGAAGGAAGACACUGCCCAGGAGCCUCGGCCUGCCGGGCAGCAGGCCGCAGCCCCCGCCUCUGGGGCAAUUGAUGCUGCAGCCAAGCCAGAUAGUCCAAGGAAAGGGGCUGGGAAAGAAGUUAAAAAUAAGACUCAGAAAACGAAACAGCCGCCAGCAAGCGUGCCUGCUUCUCCAGAACACUGCCAGGAAGCUGAAACCAAGGACAAGACAGCUGUGACUGGAAAGAAAGCGAGUGAAACUGAGAAAGCCAAGCCGGAAGGGAAUAACAGAAAUUAUGCAGCUGCUGUGAAGAAUGAGGAGCAGAGAAAUCAGAAAGCUGGUGCACAUGAAGUUACGGAAAGCCCGCUGAGUCCCGGGGAAGGAGUCACCGUGUACUUCCAUGCAAUCAUUUCUAGACAUUUCAAAUUCAGCCCCAGCUACCACAAAGUAUUUAUCAGGGGAGGAGAAGAAUUUGGGAAACCCAAAUGGAAUCUUAACGUCUGUGAGAUGUCCUGCACCAAAGACUUAGGUGACGAUGGGUUCCUGGUUGAGGGCAGAGCUGUCCUUUCCAAGCAGCACCUGAAUAAGCCCAUUCCUUACAAGUACGUUGUUGCCCGUGACAAGGGCCCUGUGGAGUAUGAAUUCAUCUACAAACGGCAGCAGAAGGAAGGCGAGCAUGUCAACCGCUGUCUGCACGUGAGGUCCUCGCUCCUGGGCUCCGGAGACUGGCAUCAGUAUGAUGAUAUAAUUUGUGUGAAGCACCCUGGGAAUCUUCAGAAACUCAUGGACCACGUCACAGAUAGUACACGGAAAAACUUGGUGAGAGGGAAGCAGAUAGCUGCCAGAGUCAUGCUGGACAGCAUCUUCAGCAUCCUCCAGACUUGGAAUGCCAUCAAUUUAAAGAACUUUUUCACCCAGUUUCAGCAGUUUUAUUCUGUGGUUCGUGUGCCCAUGAUCUAUGAAGGACAGGCACUGCCGUGGACCGCUCUGCACUACACAGAGACGCAGGUGCAGAAAGACCUGUGGAAGUAUUUGGAAGAUCAAAUGGCACCAUUUCUAGAAAGAAGUGAGGCCCCUCUGCCUGAAGACUGCCCAGUGAGGAGUAAAUUGAGAAUGGGCCUAAUUGUCCUUUUCUCUGUGGAAAAAUUUAACCUGUCCUUAUUAGAAAGUGACCUGACCUUGCUGUGUAACCUUCUUUGCUCGAAUGCCAGUUCACUAGAUGCCUUUCACCACGACCUAAGUUACAUCUUUGGAACAUCUCAGAGCUGGCAGACACACUUGGUAAACCUGUGCCGAAGGUGCAUGAGCAAAAGGAUCGACCUCUGGGUGUGCACCCUGCCUGUGUUGCACCACUGCCUGGAGCUGGCCCCUCCAGGGAAGGACUCUGGGAUUCAGCCUGAGGACACCUGGGCAGCCCUCGAAGGAAUGUCCUUCUCCCAGUUUCGGGAAGAAAGACCAGAUCAGAGACAAUUGCUUCAGCUUAUGGGAAAGAGAAAACAUUUGCUGAAUGUUGAUGAGUAUCUGUUCCGAUCCUGGUUCAGUUUGCUCCCUCUGAGUAACUUGGUUCAGUAUAUGGAAGACUUCACUGACUACUUGAGUCACUUUCCUCCUCGUGUGCUGGACUGUCUUCUAGGGACUUAUUACCGGCUUCAAGGACUUAACGAAGAAAUCUCCCCCAGAAAUCUGGAGGAUGUGGGGAAUACUCUUAAAAUGCUGUGGCACCUCUUGGAUAUUUAUCAGAACAAGAUUUUUGAGGAGCCUUUGAUACAGUCCUACUUGACUGUGUGCCUGAAACUCCAUGAAACUGUCUGCGGAAUCACAAAAGACCAGGAGUUUUAUGAGAUGCCUGCCUUAUCUGCUGAGAUUGUUUGCAGAAUUAUUAUACUUAAACCUCUAGUGGAUUCAGCAGAAGGGCAGGGACAAGAAACUGGAAAGAAGAAUUCAGUAGAAACAGUCUUCCAGAGCACUCUCACUGCUACCAGACGUUGGCUUCAGAGAAUAUUUAAAAGGAACAUGUUCCAGAGCUCAAAUCAUUCCAGUGUCACUUUCACUUAUCCCGAGGAAAUUACGGUCUGGAGGCGGCUGGUGGAAAUAAACUUCCCUGUGGAGCAUGGCUGGAAGGAGUCCUUGCUGGGGGACAUGGAAGGGAGGCUCAAACAGGAGCAGCCUCUCUCCCAGAUCUCUGUCUUCUGCAACAUCCACUGGGAUGUUGAAGGCUCAGAAGACGGUGUGUCGAAAUGCUUUGAGAAGUGUGUCAUUGAAGCUGUGAGCUCAGCCUGCCAGUCUCAGACCAGUAUCCUUGGGGGAAUCUCUCGUCGAGACCUGCAGAAAUUUGGCACCCUUGUGUCUGCCGUGAUCACUAAGUCGUGGCCGAGAAACAACGGCGAAGCUGUGGAUGACCUGGAUGAGGUUUUAAAGCACCUGCUCACAUGGCCAGACGUCAAGCACCUCUUUAAGUUGUAUGGAACUGAUGAGAAAGUACUAGCAAAUAUUACAGAGGACGGAAAGAAGUUGAUGGCUACUGCUGACUCUGUGCUCACGAAGGUUACUGAGGACCUCCUGAAUGGAACAGUUUUAGUUGGACGCCUGGAGCUGAUCAUGAGGCACGUGAAUCAAUUUCUCGAAAUCUGGCAAUUAAAGAGAAAAAUUCUUUCACCCCAGGAGAAAAAACAUGAUAUGAAGGAAUUGUUGGAUUGGAGAAGGAGUGAACUGAUAGUUCUAAAGAGAGAGAAAAGAUCUGUUGACAGUCUCCUGAAGUUGUGUGGAAGGGUGAAGGACCAGAUCAAAGUGGAUUUUGGAGAGAUCGGAAAAAGACAUUCGGAAGACCUCGGCAGUAAAAGAUUGAAUGAAGCCGUGACAGUGAGGUUGUCACUCAACUUCUCAGACUUGAAGUGGACAACACAUUACAACCUGAGCCCCAAAGUCCUAGAAAUGGCCAGAAAGAUAGACUUGCUAAAGGACAGCCACAUCUUCCAGCUCUUCUGGGCAGAAGCCGCAGAGUCGCUGGGCGAGCCCGGGGAGGAGUCGGAAAGGCAAAUACUUGAGCUUGAGGAGGCAUACGAAGAUCUGUAUCAUCCUUGUAUCAAAAAGUUUAUUAAACUGUAUCAGGAUCUGAAGUCAGGAGAGGUCACCUUUGGGGAAAUAGAUGCCAUCUUCAAAGACUUUGUGAGUAAAUACAGCGACCUUACUUCUGACCUCCGGAUCAUGUGUGCCCUGGAUCCCAAGGACAAAAUGGAUUGGAUCAAGGAACGAGUUGGGCAGAUCAAGGAGUAUCAUCACCUGCAUCAGGCUGUUAACUCAGCCAAGGUCAUCUUAAAGGUCAAAGAGAAUUUGGGCCUGACGGGUGACUUCCGUGUUCUCCACACUUUAUUAAACUUCACUGACGGCUUUGAGGACUUUCGCCACGAAAAACUGGACCAGAUCAGCCAGCAGCUUAUCCGUGCCAAAAAGCUGUUGGAGGACCUCAGUGAGAGCCGGUGCCAAUGUCUGCGGGAACUGUACCUAAGGAAGGAGUUAAUUACCUGGGUCCGGGAGGCUCUUGGAGGCAUCAAUGAACUCAAGGUGUUUGUGGACUUGGCUUCCAUCUCAGCGGGUGAGAAUGACAUUGACGUGGACCGGGUGGCCUGCUUCCAUGACGCGGUGCAGGGCUACGCUCCUCUGCUGUAUAAGCUGGACACGAGUGCAGGUUUCAAUGAGUUCAUGGAACAGCUAAAAGAACUGUGGAAGGCUCUGGAAAAUGACGAGCACCUGCCCAGUAAACUGCGUGACUCUGCCAGGAACUUGGAGUGGCUGCAAACAGUGAGGGAAAGUCAUGGGUCUGUUGAACUCUCAUCCUUGUCGCUGGCAACAGCAAUCAACAGCAGAGGCAUCUAUGUGAUCAAGGCACCCACAGAUGGCCAGAAGAUUUCCCCAGACACAGUUCUAUGUUUAAUCCUUCCUGAGAGCCACGGGGGCCAUCAGGAGGUGCGAGACUACUCCUUAGAAGAGCUGAAGGAGCUUUUAAACAAAUUGAUGCUGAUGUCUGGCAAGAAGGAUCACAACAACGCUGAAGUGGAGCUAUUUUCCGAGGUGUUUUGCAAUGUGCAGAGGCUCGUCCAGUCCUUUAUAAACCUUUACUCUGCUGGAAACAUGCUGUUCAGGGCCUGGAUGGCCGAGGUGUACUGCACCCCCCGGGAGGGCGUGUCCAUCCGGAUGGACUUCCGCUUGGGGCUGGUGAGCCAGCUCACGGAGAGCGGGCCGGUCGCUGAGCUGCUGGAGGCCCUCUGCAGGCAGAUGGAGCACUUCCUGGACCGUUGGAAGAGAUUCGUGACAGAGAAGCGAGCUGAGCACUUUUACCUCAAUUACUACACAGCUGAGCAGCUGGUUUACCUGAGCACAGAGCUCAGGAGAGAGACGCCCAGCGACACCACCCUUACCAUGCUGUCCUUCAUCAAAAGUGACUGCACCCCAAGGCACGUCUUCAAGGCCUGCAGGGGGCCCGAUGGCAAGGCCACCAGACACCAGGAGAGGACAGUGAUUGAAGAGUUGCCGCUGAUGCUCUCUUCCAAGUUCAGCCUGUUUGACAAGCUGAAGGUCAUCAUGGAACAGUCAAUGACAUGCAUGAGUGUCUUCCUGCCUCACUGCCUGGAGCUGGAGGGCCUUGGCCGCUGUCUGGCCCACCUGGCGAGACUGGGUGGGCCUCCCGUGGAGCGGCAGCUCCCAAAAGGCCUGCAGGUCGGCCAGCCCAACCUCAUCGUCUGUGGCCACUCAGAGGUGCUGCCGGUCGCCCUGGCCAUCUACAUGCAGACCCCGAGCCAGCCCCUGCCUAGCUAUGACGAGGUGCUGCUCUGCACCCCGGAAACCACGUUUGAGGAGGUGGCGCUGCUCCUGCGCCGCUGCCUGACUACGGGCUCCCGGGGGCACAGGGUGUACAGCCUGCUGUACGCAGACCAGCUGAGCUAUGAGGUGGCCUGCCAGGCGGAGGUGCUCUUCCAGAGCCUGUGCACGCAGCGCCACCAGGAGGACUACCAGUUCGUGAUGGUCUGCGACUGCGAGCGGGAGCACUGCUACCUCCCCUCGGCCUUCAGCCAGCACAAGGUCCUCGUCACCCCCCAGGCGCCCCUGGAGGCCAUCCAGGCCUACCUGGCACAGCAUUACCGGGUCCCAGAGCAGAUUCCGUCAGCCGCCACCGUGUUCAGGGACCGGAUGUGUGUUGGGAUCGUGACCUCGGAGAGAGCGGGUGUUGGAAAGUCUCUCUACGUGAAGAGGUUAUAUGGGAAACUGAAAAUGAAGUUUCAUGGGAAAAAAGUGCCUCUAAAGAUUAUUCGAUUGAUCGACCCUCAGGUGGAUGAAAAUCAAGUCCUGGGCUCUCUGCUGCCCUUCCUGGAUGCCCAGUAUCAGACAAGACCCAUGAUAUUCCACUUCGAUGUGACCUCUUCUGUGCAAACCGGAAUUUGGGUGUUUCUUUUCAAACUCCUCAUCCUACAGUACUUGAUGGAUAUAAAUGGGAAAAUGUGGCGUCGGAACCCGUGCCAUUUAUAUAUCGUUGAAAUCUUGGAAGGAAAUUCAGCACUGCCAAAGAGGUCUUCAAAACUGAACACACGUGCCCCCCAGAUCAGAUUUCUUGACAUCUUCCCAAAAGUCACCUGCCGGCCUCCCAAGGAAGUGAUAGACAUGGAGCUGAGUCCUGAGCAGAGCCACAGAGAGCCAGGAAUGGAUCAGGAAGAGUUCUGCAGCGAAACUUUCCAGAGACCUUACCAAUAUUUAAAACGGUUCCAUCAGAAACAAAACCUAGACACAUUCCAAUACCAAGAACGCUCUGUUGAAGGCACCCCUGAGGAAUGCAUCCAGCAUCUCCUGAUUUACUGUGGGGUGAUAAACCCAUCCUGGUCAGAACUCCGGAACUUCGCCUGUUUCCUGAAUUAUCAGCUCAAAGAUUGUGAGGCCUCUCUCUUCUGUGAUCUGAGUUUUACUGGAGACACACUGAGGGGCUUCAAGAACUUUGUGGUUACCUUCAUGAUCUUCAUGGCAAGAGAUUUUGCCACACCAACUCUUCACACAUCUGACCAAAGCCCAGGGAAGCACAUGGUUACCAUGGACGGGGUGAACGAAGAAGAUCUAGCCCCUUUUUCUCUCCGAAAGAGGUGGGAGUUAGAGUCCCAUCCAUACGUGUUCUUCAACAGUGACCACACAUCCAUGACAUUCAUAGGCUUCCAUUUCCAGAACAACCAGAAUGGCAGUGUGAAUGCUAUCGAUCACUUGAGUAGGGAGGUAAUCAAGAAGGACGUCAUGGCUAUGGAACUGUACCAGGGGCUAUUGCUUCAGAGGGUGCCCUUCAAUGUUGACUUUGAUAGGCUGCCCAGACAUGAGAAGCUUGAAAAGCUCUGCCUGGCAUUAGGGAUCCAGUGGCCCAUUGACCCUGAUGAAACAUAUGAGCUUACAACGGACAAUAUGCUUAAGAUCCUUGCCAUUGAGAUGCGGUUCCGGUGUGGGAUCCCCGUUAUCAUCAUGGGAGAAACUGGCUGUGGGAAAACCAGACUCAUUAAAUUCCUUAGUGACCUGCGGCGUGGGGGUGCUGAUGCUGAAACCUUGAAGUUGGUCAAGGUCCAUGGGGGAACAACAGCAGACAUGAUCUACUCCAAAGUCAGGGAGGCGGAACGACUUGCCCUCCUCAAUAAGGACCAACAUCAGUUGGACACCAUCCUGUUCUUUGACGAAGCCAACACAACAGAAGCUAUAAGCUGUAUCAAAGAAGUCCUGUGUGAUCGUACAGUGGGUGGCGAGCCCCUGGCUAAGAACUCUGGCUUGCAUAUCAUAGCAGCCUGCAACCCUUACCGGAAGCACUCCCAGGAGAUGGUCUGCCGCCUGGAGGCGGCUGGUUUGGGCUACAGGGUUAGUGCAGAGGAGACGGCUGACAGACUUGGCUCCAUCCCUCUGAGGCAGCUGGUGUACCGAGUCCAUGCUCUGCCACCGAGCCUGAUUCCUCUGGUGUGGGACUUUGGACAGCUGAAUGACACCACAGAGAAGCUCUAUAUCCAGCAAAUUGUCCAGAGACUGGUGGACUCCACGGCAAUAGAUCAGGACGAGACUCGUGUGAUCGCAGAAGUGCUCUCGGCCUCUCAGGGUUUCAUGAGGAGAAGAGACAAUGAAUGCAGUUUCGUUAGCCUCCGGGAUGUGGAGCGCUGCGUCAGAGUUUUCAGAUGGUUUUACGACCACAGUGAGAUGCUCUUGUCAAAGCUGGACUCCUUUCUCUGCAAGUCCAAUGUUGACAAAAACGACCUUGAGAGGGAUCCUGUCCUCUGGUCCCUGGUGCUGGCCAUCGGGGUAUGCUAUCACGCCUCUUUAGAGGAGAAGGAGUUGUAUCGGAGAGACAUUUGCAGGUUCUUUCCAGAACCCUAUAAUGACAGCAAGGUUAUUCUGGAUGAGAUAACUCAAACACAGGAUCUUUUUCUGAGUGGUGUGUCUCUGAGGAAAACCAUCGCCAAGAACUUGGCUUUGAAGGAGAAUGUCUUCAUGAUGGUUAUUUGCAUUGAGCUUAAGAUUCCUCUCUUCCUAGUGGGGAAGCCUGGCAGCUCCAAAUCUCUCGCCAAGACCAUAGUGGCAGAUGCCAUGCAAGGCCAGGCCGCUCCCUCGGACCUCUUCCGGAGCCUGAAGCAGGUCCACCUGGUGUCCUUCCAGUGCAGCCCCCAUUCCACCCCACAAGGCAUCAUAGGCACCUUCAAGCAGUGUGCCCGCUUCCAGCAGGGGAAGGACCUGCAGCAGUACGUCUCCGUGGUGGUGCUGGAUGAGGUGGGACUGGCAGAAGACUCACCCAAAAUGCCCCUGAAGGCUCUGCACCCCCUGCUGGAAGAUGGGUGCAUUGAAGACGAUCCUGCUCCCCACAAAAAGGUUGGCUUCAUAGGCAUUUCCAACUGGGCCCUGGACCCUGCCAAGAUGAACCGGGGUAUUUUUGUGUCACGUGGCAGCCCCAGUGAGAAAGAGCUCAUAGAGAGCGCCAAGGGAAUUUGCUCUUCAGAGCCCCUCGUUCGAGAAAGAAUCCAAGGAUACUUUGCAUCCUUUGCCAAAGCCUAUGAAACAGUAUGUCAGAAACAAGACAAGGAAUUCUUUGGGCUUCGCGACUACUACAGCCUCAUCAAAAUGGUCUUUGCCACGGCAAAACAUUCUAAUAAAAAGCCUUCCCCACAAGAUAUUGCACAGGCCGUCCUCCGGAACUUCAGUGGCAAAGAUGACAUCCAUGCUGUGGACAUUUUUACAGCCAAUUUACCUGAGGCAAAGUACUCAAAAGAAGUCAGCACCAUGGAGCUGAUCAAGCAGAACAUGUGCGGUGAUCUUCAGAAGGCGUCGGGCAGACAGCUGGAAGACUCCGAGUCCCGAUACUUACUGGUGCUGACGAGAAACUAUGUGGCCCUGCAGAUCUUGCAGCAGACUUUGUUCAGUGAGGACCAGCAGCCAGAGAUUAUUUUUGGUUCCAGUUUUCCCAAGGACCAAGAGUACACCCAGAUCUGCAGAAAUAUCAACCGAGUGAAAAUCUGCAUGGAAACUGGCAAGAUGGUGAUACUGCUCAAUCUGCAGAACCUCUACGAGAGCCUCUAUGACGCGCUCAAUCAGUACUACGUCUACCUCGGGGGUCAGAAGUACGUGGACCUUGGUCUGGGGACCCAUCGGGUCAAAUGUCGGGUUCACCCAGACUUCCGCUUGAUAGUCAUUGAAGAGAAAGAUGUCGUCUACAGACAUUUUCCCAUCCCACUUAUUAACCGGCUGGAGAAGCACUAUCUGGAUAUCAACACCGUUUUGGAGAAAUGGCAGAAAACCAUUGUGGAAGAUCUCAAGAUCUGGGUGGAGAAAUUCAUAGAUGGGAAGGCAGAUCAGUUUCUAGUCAGAUACAAAUACAGCCCUUCUGACGUCUUCAUUGGCUACCACUCAGACACUUGUGCCUCUGUGGUGCUCCAGGUCAUAGAGAGGCUAGGUCACAGGGUCUUGACUGAUGAAUUCUACCAGAAGGUAUCUGAGGAGGCCAAGCUGGUACUGCUGGAUUGUGCCACGCCUGAUGCUGUGGUUCGGCUGAGGGCUUCCUCACUGGGCCUGUUCACUGCACAGACUCUGUCACAAGAAUACUAUUACAAGCAGCAACAUAACUCCUUUGCAGACUUCCUUCAGGCUCACCUUCACAGGGUGGAUCUGGGACGCCAUGCUGUCUUCACAGAGAUCACCACUUUCUCCAGACUGCUAACCAGUCGUGACUGUGAAAUUUUAGAAUCAGAAGUAAAGGGCAGGGCUCCAAAACCCACGAUCCUGUGGCUGCAGCAGUUUGACACUGAGUACUCGUUCCUCAAAAAAGUCCGAAACUGCUUAGCUAACACAGCCAGAUGUAAAAUCCUCAUCAUUCAAACAGAUUUUGAAGAUGGAGUUCAUAGCGCUCAGCUCAUCGCCUCAGCUAAGUAUUCUGCUAUAAAUGAAAUCAAUAAGAUACAAGGAAACAAGCACUGUAUCUUAGUCUAUUUCAUCACGAAACUGUCCCGGAUGGGAAGUGGAACGUCCUAUGUCGGAUUUCAUGGAGGGCUCUGGCAGUCUGUGCACAUCGAUGACCUCCGGAGAUCCACCGUCAUGGUUUCGGAUGUGACUAAACUGCAGAACGUGACCAUCAGCCAGCUGUUUAAGCCAGAAGAUGAACCUGAGUUGGAGGUGGGACACAGGGCUGGAGACAACCAUGAGGAGGAGAUGGAAACAGAGACUGAAACAUCGGGGCAAAUGACUGAGGUGGAAAUGGAAACAGAAAGCAAGACCUCUGGGCCGGAGAGAAGUGAUAUGCAGGUGCUGGACACCACCAGACUGCUGAGAAGCUGCAUACAAAGUGCUGUGGGCAUGCUCAGAGACCAGAAUGAGAGCUGCCAACGCAGUAUGAGGAGGGUGGAGAUUCUUUUCAGCCUCUUGAAUGAAGACGAUGAAUGCAGAGCCACCUUCUUACGGGUAUCCAAGAUGCGCCUCUAUGUCCUUUUAAGGAAGCAAGAAGAGAACUACCUCCACAAUAUGAAGGAAUGGGUGGUGAGGGAAGCCUUGAAUCAGGACGCUCUCCAGGAGGCAGGCACGUUCAGGCAUACCCUCUGGAAGCGGGUCCAGGGCGCGGUGAUACCUCUCCUGGCGAGCAUGAUAUCUUUCAUCGACAGAGAUGGCAACCUUGAGCUACUGACCAGGCCAGGUGCUCCAUCCUGGACAAGAGAUCUUUGGAUGUUUAUUUUCAGUGACAUUAAGCUUCUGAACAUUCCUCUUGUGACGAAUGAUACAAGAUCUAAAAGUGAGAUGUCCUAUGUCAUAGUGCAGAACUAUAUGAACCUUGCAGAGGGCUUCUCCAAUGACGUGCCUUUUAGCUGGCGAAUCAAGGACUAUCUGGAAGAACUGUGGGUCCAGGCUCAGUACAUCACAGGAGCUGAAGGACUGCCAGAGAUAUUAACGGAAGUCUUUCAGCAGACUCCUCUGGGCAGGUUUCUUGCUCAGCUCAGUGCAGAACAGCAGCAAGAACUUCUUCAGUGCUACUUGAAGGACUUCCUUCUCUUGACCAUCAGAGUGUCCACUAGGGAAGAAUUAAAGGUCCUGCAGACGGCUCUGUGGUCCUGCAUCAAUCAACUGAAAGCAGGAGGACCAGAAGAGCAGAUUUCCUUACCGUGGGUGCACCUUGCCUAUCAGCACUUCAGGAGCCGGCUACAGAACUUCUCCAGAAUCCUGACUAUCCACCCCCAAAUUCUGCGCAGCCUAAUGGAAGCCCCAUGGAACCACUGCUUGGCUGGACAUGAGAUGACUCUGGAUGCAUUCGCAGCGGUGGCCUGUGCUGAAAUGCUGACCAGAGACAUCCUGAAGCCCAGUCCCCAGGCGUGGUUACAGAUGGUGAAGAAUCUGUGCAUGCCGCUGGAACUCCUCUGCUCAGACGGGUACAUGCGAGGCAGUGGGAGCGUGACCGAAGCUGUCAUCAGGGAAGUCAGAACCCACUGGAAUCGCAUUUUUUCCAUCGCACUCUUUGUGGAGCAUGUGCUGCUGGGGACCGAGAGCCAGAUUCCUGAGCUGCGCCAGCUGGUGACCAAGUACGUCUUCCUACUCAACAAGUGUCUGCAAGAGAACUCUGACAUCAAGACCCACAGGCCUUUCAUCGCUGUGGUGACUACUCUUCGUGAAUGUAAGGACCAGGCCAGCAAGACCUUCACUAGGUUUGGGGUUCAGCCGUGCCCCAUCUGCCUGGGAGAUGCACGGGAUCCCGUCUGCCUGCCCUGUGACCAUGUCUACUGCCUGGGUUGCGUCAACACCUGGCUCGGCAUGGGGCAGAUGAGUUGCCCCUUGUGUUUAACCGAGUUGCCAGAGGGCUUCUCUCCGACAGUUUCCCAAGAGUACAGGGAUGCCAUUGAGAAACACGCCUGCUUCCGGCAGAUGUGCAACAGCUUCUUCAUAGACCUGGUUUCCACUCUGUGCUUCAAAGAUAAUUCUCCACCACAGAAGGAUGUGAUCGAGGUUCUGUUGUCUUUACUCUUUGUACAAAAGGAGCUCUUAAGAGAUGCUCCCCAAAGACACCGUGAACACACAAAAUCUCUGUCUCCGUUUGACGAUGUUGUGGAUAAGACCCCUGUCAUUCGCUCCGUGGUUCUGAAACUGCUUUUGAAGCACAGCUUCCAUGAAGUGAAAAGUUAUAUUCAGGAGUACUUGUCCCUGUUAGAAAAGAAACCAUUUAUAACUGAAGAUAAAACUGAACUGUACAUGCUCUUUAGUAACUGCCUGGAGGAUUCAAUACAUGAGAGGAAGAGUGCUUCCUCCAUAAGUGAUGAAUUGAAAUACCUAAGAGAAGAAGGUCAUUUCCUUGAGACUUAUUUGUCAGGGAGACGCAGCAGAAAACCUGCUAAGGAGGCGUCAGUUGAAUACCUGCAGGAGAUGGCCAGGAUCCGCCUCUGUCUUGACAGGGCUUCUGACUUCCUCUCUGAGCUUCGGGAAGGCUCAGAGAUGGCUGAGGAAAAGCGAUGCUACCUGCGGCAGGUUGAGCACUUCUGUACCCAGGUAAAGAAUGACUGGUACCGAGUGUACCUGGUGAGGAAGCUCACCAGGCAGCACGGGAUGGAGUUUGUGCAGAGCCUCUCCAAACAGGGCCAUCCGGCCCAGUGGGUGUUUCCCAAGGAAGUCAUUGCACAGCAGAAGGACCAUCCAGGCCAGAUGGAUCGAUACCUGGUGCAUGGUGCUGAAUAUAAGGCUCUUCGCGAUGCCAUGGGCAAAACCAUCCUCGAGUGCAAGCCCCUGGCUCUUGUGACUGCUCUGAAGGCCUGCAGGAACUCCGAAUCUCAACAGGCAGUCCACUUACUCUUAGCCCUUUUCAGAGAGGUCACUGUUUUGUACAGAUCCUGCAAUGCAAACCUCCAUCUUAAGCCAGAGCAAUGUGAGGCUGUGAACCAGUUCAUCGAGGAAAGCAAGCUCCUCUCUCCUCCUGAGGUCAGGCGUUUUGCAACAUCCCUUGUGACCAAUACUCUCCCACUGCUGAGGACGGGUCCCAGAGUCAGCAGCCUUGAAGGGACAGUGACAGAAAUGGCUAUUCAUGUUGCAACCAUCCUUCUCUGUGGACAAAACAAAGUCUUGGAACCCCUAAAGAAUUUGGCCUUCUCCCCAGCCAACAUGGCGAAUGCUUUUCUUCCAACGAUGCCCGAAGACUUGCUGGCUCAAGCUAGGACUUGGAAGGGUCUGGAAGGAGUCCGCUGGUACACAUGUCCCAACGGUCACCCAUGCUCUGUAGGAGAGUGUGGCAUGCCAAUGGAACAGAGCUCUUGUGUUGACUGUGGUGCUCUAAUUGGAGGGAUUAAUCAUCAGCCGAAGCAAGGAUUCAAAGUGAUCCAAAACGGCAUAGACAGAACUCAAACUGGCCACGUGCUGGGGAACCCGCCACCCAGAAGCGAGACGGUGGUAUCUGACCGAGAGCUGUCUCCAGUGGUCUUCCUUCUCAUCCGAUUACUCACCCAUCUGGCUAUGCUUUUGGGAGCUGCCCAGAGCCCCCAGGCUCUGAUAAACAUCAUUAAGCCUGCAGUGAGGGAUCCAAGAGGAUUUCUGCAGCAGCAUAUCGAGAGAGACUUGGAGCAGUUAAUCAAGACGCUGGGGAAGAGCGCCGAUGAGACGGUCACCGUGGUGCACCUGGUCCUGUGCAGCCUUCUCAAGGAGCAGCGCCCCCUCUCCGGCCAGAGGCCUUUAAAUUUUGAUGCAGUAUUGUCAACCAAAGAAAAGAGAAACAACUGGGAAAAGCUUGCUGAGACUCUUAUUUUACCUGCACUAGAGCAUCUAGAUAAAACCCUCCUGACAGUGAAUACACUCAUCAGCCAAGAUGAGCGGAUCAGCUCCAACCCUGUGGCCAAAAUCGUCUUCAGUGACCCAGUGGCCUUCCUGCCCCACCUGCCCCAGAAUAGCGUGGUUCACUGCUCCAGGAUGUGGAGCUGCAGGAAAAGAAUCACCGUUGAGUACCUCCAGCACAUCGUGGAGCAGAAAAAUGGCAAAGAAACAGUGCCCAUCCUCUGGAAGUUUCUCCAGAAGGAGGCGGAACUGAGACUGGUGAAAUUCUUGCCUGAGAUUUUGGCCCUGCAAAGGGAUCUAGUGAAACGAUUCCAGAAUGUUUCGGAAGUUGAAUACAGCUCCAUCCGAGGUUUUAUUAGCAGUCACAGUUCAGGUGGGUUGAAGCAGUUAUUCCACAACAGAAUCACUGUCUUUUUGUCGACAUGGAAUAAACUCAGGAGGUCACUUGACACCAAUGGUGAAAUCAAGCUACGUGAAGCCUACUGCAGCACCGACUUAGAUCUCGACACUGACUUCGAGGUCAUUCUGCCGCGUCGCCGGGGCCUGGGCCUCUGUUCCACCGCCUUAGUCAGCUACCUGUUUAACCUGCACAAUGAAAUGGUCUACACGGUGGAGAAGUUCUCCAAGGAAAACAACAGCUAUUCCGUUGAUGCCUCUGAGGUGACUGACCUACAUGUCAUCAGUUACGAAGUGGAGCGGGACCUGACUCCACUGAUUCUCUCCAACUGCCAGUAUCAAGUGGAGCAGGGUGGAGAGACCUUGCAGGAGUUUGACCUGGAGAAGAUCCAGCGCCAGAUCACCAGCCGGUUCCUCCAGGGCAAACCCAGGCUGACCCUCAAGGGAAUACCCACUUUGGUAUACAGACGUGACUGGAACUACGAACAUCUCUUUAUGGGCAUCAAGAACAAAAUGCCACAGAACCCCCUCCCCAACGCGGUCAUCAGCGCCAUCAGUGGACAGCUGCAGUCCUACAGUGAUGCCUGUGAAGCUCUGUCUGUCAUAGAAGUCACUUUGGGGUUUCUGAGCACGGCUGGUGGGGAUCCGAACAUGCCCUUGAAUGUGUAUAUACAAGACAUGCUGCGAAUGAGUGAUCAGAUAACGCUGGUUUUAAAGGACUUACACAGAUGUCAGUUAAGACACGUCAUUGCCCUCUGGCAGGUCCUCUCUGCUCAUAAGUCCGAACAGCUGCUGCGCCUGAAAAAAGAGCCAUUUGGGGAAAUCAGUUCAAAGUACAAAGUCGAUCUCAGCCCAGAGGAUGCUAAGCUCCUCAUCACUUUCCUGAAUCACAUCAGCCUGGACACCUUUCUCCUGGAGCUUCAUGAAAUGAUGAUCUUGAAACUGAAGAACCCCCAGACUGAGGAGGAUUUCAACCCUGAGUGGAGCCUGAGAGACACUCUAGUAAGUUACAUGGAAACGAAAGAGAAUGAAAUUCUUCCUGAAGUGGAAUUUCAGUUCCCAGAAAAGAUACUGCUCUCCAAUUGUGUCUCUGUGUGGAAAAUGGCUGCUGAACUGAAAUGGGAUCGACAAAUGAGAUAGACUAAUUUCCUCAGCACUGUCUCUGCUUAAGACGGGGCGAAAAGGCUCUUUCCUCCUCACCCAUGGGAUGGGCUCCAUCGUGGACUGUUGCCUUUGUGAGUGCUUAGAAGGAAAGCUGUUGGCAUACCGCUAAACUGAAGACCAAGAUGUGCUGUACUGGCUGACAGCUUUUUGAGAGCCAAGCUGUUUCAAAAACAUGUGUAUAUUCCAGAACUUUCUCAUCAUAUUACAAAUACUGUUCAUUAGGUAGUGAGAAUUGAAGAUUACAUGAAAUGGGAAUAAACCACCUUCCUUUACAUUCCAGGGGAGACCGAAAACGCAGCUUCUCAGCUUCACAUGUAGGAGUGGCCUCUCAGGCCUCCCAGCCUCCUAACAUGCACACACCCAGCCACCAGGCCCUCUUCCUCUGACUGCCACACAGAGGGAGGGAAAUGGGGUUAUUAAUUUUUGCUUCUUUUAGUUUUUUCUGAUUUAUUCUGCACUCACAGAAGAGAAGCUGUCUUUCUUCCAUUCCUUUAAAUUCUGAGUAUUGCACAAAUAUUUCUAGGUUUCCCAGAAGAUGUAAAAAAGUGCCAGACUCUUUUUUUUUUUUUUUGUCUUCUCACAAAUACAAGACAAGUCUGGGCAUUCUGUGAGUGCCUAGAGGCCAAACUAACCAGACCUCACCCAGGUUCCCCUUAAUGAGUCACUGCCAAAUUUCUAGGGUCAGAGCCAAAAAGCUCUCAUUGUGAAGAGCACUGGACUAAGAGCCAGGGACACUUUGGGGUCUUAGUUUCCUCAUCUAUAAGAUGAAGGGACUGGAGUGAUGGUCAAAUUUCCUUCCUAUUCUAGUAGAUUCUAAAUGAAAGUUUGUCAGUGUAAACUUGGAUCAGAGGCAUGGUUCCAGCAUUCCUGUGGGAAGUUUGUGACUGUCUAGCAUUCUACCAAAUAAACAUGUGGUCUUAGUGUGAUCUCAAGUUCCCUAAGUGUAUGAAUUUCUGGUCUUUUCUGUCUGGGUCUCAGCCAAGGCAUAAAAACAGACUCAGAGAGUAUAUAAAACCAUUUAAGUUUCUGAAAAAGGUACACGAAUAGUCAGCUAGCCCUGAUCAUGUGCUGAUUUUCUCACUGUGGGUGUUGUGUCUUUUUUUUCAAACCUACUUGGAUACUUGUGACCUCUCUGGACUAAUCCCUAUUCCUGGGUAGCUCAACACCCAUUAGCACUGAGACAACAACUGUUUACAAGUCAGGGGAAAAUGUCUUUAAGAGACAUUCUAAAUGAGUUAAUGACUUAAUCAACUUGAAAUUGGGCCCAUGGGGUGAGAACAUGCUUGCCAAGAACACCAUGGACACCUUAAGCACCACUGGAGGGAGCUGCAGAAGGAACUGCAGUCCAUUUUCAUUAUUUUGUUUUUUAUUCCUAGUGUUUGAUAAAGGAGAGUGCAGUGAUCGAGACCCCCUCGGUGAUUCACUUGAUACGGUAUUCACUUGCAUUUGGUAAUCUAUGAUUGUUCAAUCAUUCUAGAUUAUGCAAAGGUACUCCCUCACCAACAUCCUGCAUUGCCCAUUUAAUGGAUGUUGGGGUGGGGCUUGCUUGUUCAACUCUUCAACUUGCACCGGGAACUCCUUUGAUACCUCAGAGUUGGGAUGGAGCUGGCCUGGCCAUCAGGUGCUGCUCUGGUUCCUUCCUGUGCCACACCUUAGCAGGUGGGGGUCAGAUGUCAAUCUCUUGCUGUGAGGACCUUUUUUUUUUCUGCUGGGAAUUUUCUCCCCACUUUUAUGAAGGUUUUUUUAAUUAAGAUGUUGUGUAUGCUAUGCUUUCAAAGCCUUAACUGUCAUUAUCUAGCAUUAUCUUGUUGUUUGUACAAAGACAGACUGGCCUAGCACAGGCAAAUGUAAAUUUUAUUAUAUUUGUCAUUCCUGUUGUAAUAAACUUGAAUUUUACUGCUAA